AUGUUCGAAAGUUAUAAACAGAAAAAGCUGAAUUACAUGGUAUUAGAUGGCACAAAUAUAGACAAUUUUUUGACGGUGUAUUCUCACACGUACCAGGCUGCUAUAAAGGGCGUGACCCCCAAUGUGCUACGAACGUUUAGCUUCUACGAUCUGGAGAAUGCCUACUUUAUGUACGACGUUAAAAGCAUUCACAUUUUCAGAAAAGUGAAGGACAAGGAUAAAGGAAAAAGUGUGAUAUUAAAAGGCCUAAACGAUAACUUCUUUAACGCUAUAUUGGAGGUCAUAUCCCAUAAUAAAGAUAAGAAAAAAAUAAAUGGUGCCGAGGGGAAUGCCGCUUUUAUUCGUGAAGAAAUGGGAAAGGCAGAACGGAAUAGGAAUUUCCCCGGAGGGGGGAAAAACAUGAACGCUGAUAAAGAGAACUCAAACCAUAUGGCACUUUGGUCAUCCAAUAAUCACGAAGAGUUUGGUUAUGAGUACAUCAAAGACAUAAUAAAAAAAGGAGAGAAGGAAUUGUACGAGACGGACAAAAUGUACCACAACAGCAAUGAUGAGUACUCGUCUCACACGUCCGACAGCGUGGAGCAGUAA